GUAUUAAGUACACUGUACUUGUAAGACAGGCUUUGUUAGAACCGGACCUCUUCUGUGUAGGUCUAGGCCACCUGGGGACAAGGGGAGCGCCAUUGGGAGUCCUCUGCAGGAUCGCCCUGAUCGUUUGCCUUGUCAGGUUUUGUUUCUCUGCUUUACCUUGCCGAAGGUACUUCCGAUCGCAGUCCAUUGGUAUAUACGGCGACUCGCAGUCCUUAUAUGAAAAAUUUGUCGCAUCUGUAUUGAUUUCGCGGUUUAGGAUAGAGAAAUACGCCUCUGGAAUAGAGGGAGCGUCCGGCCAGCAAUUGGCUGUUGGGCAUCUGCAAGCUGAGAUUAGUCUGUAGUUGCGGAGGACUGGUUACAACAGUUUUGGCAGUCUGAUAUUUUCCCGCGAUGCAAGCGGGCCCGGUGGUCGGUAGAGAGCUCCCAGGGGGUCCUACCGACGGCAUCUCCAACGUCUCUUUCUCAACGACCUCAAACAGCCUGCUGGUCUCGUCCUGGGACUCUUACGUCAGGCUCUAUGAUGCAGACCUGAAUGUGCUCAAAGGGAAGUACCGCCAUCGAGGCCCCGUCCUAGACUGCGCCUUCCAAGAUGAGGGGGCCGCUUUUAGCGGAGGUCUCGAUAAAGUAGUCAAGCGGUUUGACUUUGUCCGAGGUGUGGAAGACAACCUGGGGGCUCACGACCUCCCGGUGCGAUGUGUGGAGUACUCGCAAGCGACCGGACAAGUCGUGUCCGGCAGCUGGGACAAGACCGUCCGAACGUGGGACCCCCGGGCGCCUCCUGGGGGCCAAAGAGCGGUUGGUCUAUACCAGGUUCCUGACCGGGUCUACUCGAUGUCGCUGGUUGGGCACCGAUUGGUGGUUGCGUGCGCGGGCCGCCACGUGGUGCUGUUCGACCUGCGGAAUAUGGGCCAACCGGAGCAGACACGCGAGAGCAGCCUCAAGUACCAGACGCGCUGCGUGCGCUGCUACCCCAAUGGAACAGGGUAUGCCCUGAGCUCAAUCGAAGGCCGGGUCGCGAUGGAAUAUUUCGAUACGUCGGAGGCGUGGCAGUCCAAAAAGUACGCGUUCAAAUGCCACCGGCAAACGCAGGACGGGAAGGAUAUCAUAUACCCCGUGAACGCCAUCGCCUAUCACCCGGUGCACGGCACGUUUGCGACGGGGGGUUCGGACGGGUUUGUGAACAUUUGGGAUGGAGACAACAAAAAGCGGCUAUAUCAGUACACUCAGUACCCGACGGGCGUCUCCUCCCUCUCCUUCAGCCCCGACGGCCGGCUGCUCGCCGUGGCCGCCAGCUACAACUACGAGGACGGCAACAAAGACCACCCACAUGACGCCGUCUUCAUCCGCUCGGUACAAGAUGCGGAGGUCAAGCCGAAAGCCAAACCGCCGGUCCUUUGAGAGUGUAUGUCUUCUCCGGGUCGAACUGCAUACUGGGAACAGUUCCGCGAUAUGACUGCUUACUGAUCCAAAACGGCUAGGCUUGUUCAAAUUUCUUGUAUGUGCAAGCUUCUGUACAGGUUGAAAUCUGUAGGUGCGAAAUGCAUUGUGGAGGCUAACAUCUGGACGCGGACCAUGGUCGUUGUUGUAGUAACAGGCUCAAAUCCACUUUGCUGGGGGGAGUGAACGGCUCACUGAUUGUUGUUUCUCCUUGUCGUCAAUCUAAUUGUUGGCCCGCCAAGGCACUGUUCGCGUUCUCGUAAGAAAUGUCUACCGUCAGGAGUUAUCCUCUUGUGAGAG